GGCGCGCGAGCGGGCAUGCGCAGUGGGCGGAGGCGGCGGCGAUGGCCCGGGGAGGCGGAGGGACCGCUGUUUAUUUGCAGCUGGGCCACCGCGGCGGCGGAGCACGGGGCGCCCGGGUGGGGACAGUGGGCGCGCGAUGCCCGAGCCACGCAGGCCACCGCGCGCCCGGGCCCCGGCCGGGGAGGAUGCGCGCCGCGCGGGAGCGGCCGUGCGGGCGGCGCGAUGCUGGUGACCCGCGGGGACCGCGGCGGCGGGGAGCGCGCGCCCUCGCGGCGCCCGCGCUGCGGGCUGGUUCCAGCCGGGGCCGCGGCGCUGCUAGCCGGGGCCAGCUGCUUGUGCUACGGGCGCUCGCUGCGGGGCGAGUUUGUGCACGACGACGUGUGGGCGAUCGUGAACAACCCCGACGUGCGGCCCGGGACCCCGCUGCGCUGGGCCGUUUUCGCGAACGACUUCUGGGGCAAGGGCCUGGCGGACAGCACCAGCCACAAGUCCUAUCGGCCGCUGUGCGUGCUGUCCUUCAGGCUAAACGUAUUUCUGACUGGCAUGGACCCUUUCUACUUCCAUGCGGUGAAUGUCAUUUUACACUGCCUGGUGACCCUCGUGCUGAUGUACACCUGUGAUAAAACAGUCUUCAAGAACCGCGGACUGGCUUUUGUCACAGCCUUGCUCUUCGCGGUGCACCCGGUCCACACGGAGGCGGUGGCUGGCAUCGUGGGCAGAGCUGAUGUGUUAGCGUGUCUCCUUUUCCUGCUGGCCUUUCUUUCCUACCAUAGGAGUCUGGACCAGGGCUGCGCAGGGCACUGUUUCCCCCCGACGGCUUCUCCCUUCUUCCUGCUGCUCAGUCUGUUCCUGGGGACCUGUGCCAUGCUGGUGAAGGAGACAGGUGUCACCGUGUUUGGAGUGUGCUUGGUUUAUGACCUCUUCUCCCCCUCCCACAAGCAGGACAAGUUGAGCAACGGGGUGAUGUGUCAGGGCAACUCACAACAGCCCUCCUCUCAGCACGGCCACGCCCACCACCGCGAGAGCAGAAAGCAGCGCUUCUCACACAAAGACACUUGGGGAGGCUGCCCUCCACCAAUGCCACCAGAGUCCAAGAGCAGCGGAUUCCCUGUGUCCCCAGGGGCCGUGUGGCCCCUGAUGAGGUGUCUGACAGGAAGCAGCAAUGGGGAUUUCCUGCUGACCCUGAGACCGUUUUUAAAACGGGCCGUUUUGGUCGUCAGUUAUGUGACUGUCAUUUUGUGUUUCCGCCUGUGGAUAAUGGGAGGAGCUAUGCCCCUCUUCUCAGAGCAGGACAACCCAGCUUCGUUUUCGCCUUACAUCCUUACAAGGUUCCUUACCUAUUCCUACCUCCUGGCCUUCAAUGUAUGGCUUCUGCUGGCACCCAUCACCCUGUGCUACGACUGGCAAGUGGGCAGCAUCCCUCUGGUGGAGACCAUAUGGGAUGUGAGGAACCUUGCUACCAUCCUUCUGGCAGUGGUCAUGGCCUUACUGAGCCUACACUGCAUGGCAGCCUUCAAGAGGCUGGAGCACAAGGAAGUGUUGGCCGGCUUGCUGUUCCUCGUGUUCCCGUUCAUUCCAGCCAGCAACCUCUUCUUCAGGGUGGGCUUUGUGGUGGCCGAGAGAGUCCUGUACAUGCCUAGCAUGGGCUACUGCAUUCUCUUGGUGCAUGGACUGAACAAGCUCUGUGCUGGUCUGAGCCGGUGUGGGGCCACCUCCCUGAUGGUGUCCACUGGGCUGCUGCUCCUGCUGUUUUCCUGGAAAACCGUGAAGCAGAAUGAAAUCUGGCUGUCGAGAGAGUCCUUAUUCAGGUCUGGAGUUGAGACUCUGCCCCACAAUGCGAAGGUUCAUUACAACUAUGCCAAUUUCCUGAAAGACCAAGGUCGGAACAAGGAAGCCAUCUACCACUACAGAACCGCCCUCAAGCUGUACCCACGCCACGCAAGUGCACUGAACAACCUCGGGACACUGACAAAGGACACAGCAGAGGCAAAGAUGUACUACCAGAGGGCGCUGCAGCUCCAUCCACAGCACAACCGGGCACUUUUCAACCUGGGGAAUCUCCUGAAGUCCCAGGAAAAAACAGAAGAAGCCAUCGUGCUGCUGAAGGAAUCCAUCAAGUACGGUCCAGACUUUGCUGAUGCCUACUCGAGCCUGGCCUCCCUCCUGGCUGAGCAGGGGAGAUUUAAGGAAGCAGAGGACAUCUACCAGGCUGGAAUAAAGAACUGUCCGGACAGCUCAGAUUUACACAACAACUACGCGGUGUUCUUAGUCGACUCUGGCUCUCCAGAGAAGGCUGUGGCUCACUACCAGCAGGCCAUCCAGCUCAGCCCCAGCCACCACGUGGCUGUGGUGAAUCUGGGCCGACUCUACAGGUCCUUGGGAGAGAACAGCAUGGCCGAACAGUGGUACAAACGUGCCCUGCAGGUGGCCCGCACGGCUGAGGUCCUGUCACCUUUGGGAGCACUCUAUUACAACACUGGCCGACACAAGGAGGCGUUGGAAGUGUACCGGGAAGCCGUCUCCCUCCAGCCUUCCCAGAGGGAUCUCCGCCUGGCACUGGCACAGGUUUUGGCAGUGAUGGGCCAGACCAAAGAAGCUGAGAAGAUGACCAGCCACAUAGUGUCGGAGGAACCCCGAUGCCUGGAAUGCUACCGCCUGCUGUCGGCAGUCUACAGCAAGCAGGGGCACCGUGAGAAGGCACUCGGGGCCAUAGACAAGGCUCUGCAGCUGAAGCCCAGGGACCCAAAAGUCGUGUCUGAACUUUUCUUCACAAAAGGAAACCAGCUGAGAGAGCAGAACCUUCUGGACAAAGCUUUUGAGAGCUAUGAAGCUGCUGUGACCCUGGACCCUGACCAGGCACAGGCAUGGAUGAACAUGGGCGGCAUCCGGCACAUCCAGGGAAGCUAUGUGUCUGCAAGGGGCUAUUAUGAGAGAGCUCUGAGGCUGGUUCCGGACAGCAAGCUGCUGAAGGAGAAUCUAGCCAAGCUGGAUCGCCUGGAGAGAAGGUUACAAGAAGUCAGAGAAAGGGAUCAAACAUAGUCCAAGGACACAGCGGCAUGGGACUCAGCAGGCUGGAAGAGGACAGAGGGAGGCCUCACACACACACAGCAGGCUCUGCCAGCCAGCCAGGCCCCUCCUGGUGGCACAGUGGGUGACCGUGCUGUGCUGAAAGAGUUGUUUCUGUGAAGGGGAGUGGACAGAAGGGAAGUGGUGUGCACACUUUUACAGGAUACGGAACUCCAUUUUUACUGUAGCCCAGAAACAGGGAAGCUUGAAGCUCUGUAGAGGAGACAGCUGUCAGUAAGGAAGGCUGUGUCCUCUGAAGUCAACCCUUGAGCAAAUCUACUCGUGGAAGUUCAGUUACUUCUCAAGAAUCCAGAGUGG